AUGUGUGGCUGCACAGUCCUCCUGGUCCUGACGUUGUUGGGCAGGGCUGCCCUUUCCGGCGCCUCGGCGGCGGUCAACAGCUGCGACAGCCCAGCCGAGCAGCUCUGCGACUUCGUGUGCGACUGCGGCGACUGCUCCGACGAGAACCAGUGCGGGUACGCGGGGGUUUCGCCGGCGCUGGGCACCCCCUUCACCUGCGACUUCGAGGAGGGCGACUGCGGCUGGCGGGACGUGAGCACCUCGGCUUACGGCUGGGCGCUAGCCCGGGCCAGCCUGGCCGCCUGGGGCCAGGGGCCCCCCUCGGACCACAGCGUGGGCACCGACCUGGGCUGGUUCAUGGCUGCAGCGGAGCUGCCAGGGAAGAGCCCAGCCACGGCCUGGCUCCGGUCGCCGGUGAUGCGGGAAGCGGCCGCCACGUGCGAGAUCCGGGCUUGGUAUCACGUCUCGGGGCUCAAUGGGACGGAGCGGCCGGUGCUGCGCCUGGCGCUGGCAGCCGGGCACGAGACUGUGGAGCUGUGGCAGAGCCCCGAGCACGGGGGCGAGGGCUGGCAUGAGCUGGUGGCGUACCCGGGCCGGACGGCGGGGCCCUUCCAGCUCACCUUCUUGGCGACGGCGUCGCCCGCGCGCGGGGCGCAGCUGGCGCUGGACGACAUCAGCUUCAGGCACUGCGGCUUGCAGCCGUCCGGCCAGCAGGCCUGCGAGGCCGAGGAGAGCGCCUGCGAGCGGGGCUCCUGCGCCCCCCGGGACCGCUUCUGCGACGGCACCGACGACUGUGGGGACGGCUCCGAUGAGGCGGCGCCGCACUGCCAGCCCUUCGAUGCCUGCACCUUCGAGCAAGGCUGGUGCCUCUGGGAGGCGGAGGCCGGCCCGCCGGCCUGGGAGAGGAACGCCAGCGUGAAUUUGGGGGCCGCCCCCAGCCUCCCCACCCGGGACCACAGCAAUGGCAGCAGGGCAGGUUAUUUCCUCCACGUCGGCAGCGGUGCCUCGGCGCCUGCGGCCAGCGGCGCAGCCAGGCUCAGCAGUCCCAGUUUCCAAGCCACCAGCUCCUGCUCACUUGUGCUUUACUGCUAUCUCCACGGUUCGGCCACCAGCAGCCUCAGCAUUUAUUACGUGACCGCUGCCGGCAAGAAGCUGCUGAGGGAGAGGACGGGGGACCUGGGUGCCUACUGGGUCCGGGAAAAAGUGGAGUUCAACGUGACGGAGACCUUCAAGGUGCUGAUCGAAGGGGUGGCCGGCAGCACGGGGACUGUGGCCCUCGAUGACAUGAUCCUCUCCCCCGACUGCAAGCAGGAGCAGGAAAAGCCCCAGAUAACCCUGCCGGGCCGGGACCCCUCAGGCCCAUGCACAGCUGAGCAGUUUGCCUGCGACAGUGGGGAAUGCAUCAGUGCCGAGCAGGCCUGCGACUUUGCCAAGGGUUGCGACAACAACUCCGAUGAGAAGCACUGUGGAGCAACCACCUUUGAAGACGGGGCUGGUGGCUGGCACGAUGUUAGCGUGGGCCAGCUGCGCUGGGGGGUGCAGAGAACCACCGAGCCUGCAGGUACCACCGUUGGGGAAGCAGGGGCUUUCCUGGCCCUCCAGAGUGGGGCAGGGCAAAUGCUGACCGCUGCGAAGGUGCGCACUCCUCCACUGGGCCCCUCCGGUCCAGCCUGCACCAUGGAGAUGAGCUACCGCAUCCUCAGUGACCACCACGGCUUCCUCGCCGUCGCCGUGGCUGAUCACGCAUCAGGCAUGACCCAGCUGGCCUGGCAGGAGCGGGGCCGCGGUGGCAGCGCGGCAUGGCAGCACGCCAGUGUCCCGCUGGGCGAGAGAGCCAGGCCCUUCCAGGUUGAGCUGCUCGGCUGGGUGAACCCAGGCGGCACGGCAAACGUGGCUGUCGACAACGUGACUUUCGUAAGCUGCGACCCUGCCGUGGCUCCUCCGGAGGCUGCGGAGACGUCUUGCAACUUUGAGACGGGCACAUGUGGCUGGUACCAGGAUCAGCUCAGCGACUUCCAGUGGGUCCGAGGCAUGGGGCAGGGGCAGGGCCCCGACCACACCACGGGCUCGGGGUACUUGGUGGCCGCGGACCCCGCCGCGCCGGGGAGCCGCGGGCGGCAGGCGCGGCUCGUCACCUCCUACCAGCGGCCGCCUGCCACCCCGCAGUGCCUCUCCUUCUGGUACCGCAUGGCCGGCCCGCAGAUCGGCACCCUCCGCCUCAAGCUGAAGUACGAGGAAGAGGAGGAGACGGUGUUGUGGACCAGGAGGGGGGCCUGGGGCAGUGCAUGGCACCGGGGCUUCGCCACGCUCGGCCUCAAGGGACAGCGCAAGUACCGGCUGGCCUUCGAGGCCCUGCGCGACGGCUUCGUGGGCGACGUGGCUCUGGACGAUGUGGCGCUGCGCCCGGGGCUCUGCGGCGCCCAGGACUCCUGCUCCUUCGAGGCGGGCACCUGCGGGCUGCUGGCCAGCGGGCAGCCCACCUGGCUGUGGCAGAGCAACGGCACAGGUGCUGCCAGCGCCGGCCCACCGGCCGACCACACCACCGGCACAGCCGCAGGCCAUUACAUGCUUGUUAGCACCAGCAAGGGGUCCCUGCCCGCGGGGCACGCGGCUGUGCUCACCUCCGAGCUGUACGAGCCCUCAGUGCGGGCCCAGUGCCUGACCUUCUGGUACCAGCUGAGUGGCGAGCCCCCAGGUUCCCUUAGUGUCUUCGUGGAGGAGAGUGGCAGGAGGAGGAAGAAACUGUUUGCUGUGAGCACCAUGCAGCGGAGUGCCUGGCACCACGGCCAGGUCACUAUCCAGGCGGACAGAGAGUGGCGGGCAAUAUUCGAGGCAGUGGGAGGCGGGGGCGACCUUGCAUACAUUGCGUUGGAUGAUCUGCAAGUGAUGGAUGGUGCUUGCUCUGAACCAGGUUCCUGUGACUUUGAGAUGGACAUGUGCGGCUGGAGCAGCCCCUCAGAUGACCACCUACAUGGCUUCGCCUGGGGCUGGAAGAGUGCGGUCCCCCUUACCAAGUACCCUGGCCCUGAGCAGGAUCACACUCUGGGCACAAAGGACGGUCAUUAUGUGUACUUCGAUGCCAGUGUGCUAGGCCCGGGGGGCACUGCCGCUUGGCUGGAGAGCCAGCACCUGCCUGCAGCCGCUGACUCCUGCCUCCACUUCUGGUACCACAUGGACAUGCCGGAGCACCUCCCUGGUGGGGAGCUGCGUGUGAGGCUGCACAGCGCCGAGGGGCAGCGCACAGUGUGGAGUACAGCAGGGCACCGGGGCCGGGGCUGGCUGAGCAGCGUUGUGCCCAUGCAGAGCCCCAGCGAGUUCCAGAUCGUCUUCGAGAUUGCCACCAGGACGUGGCCAAUAAAAGGGACCAUUGCACUGGAUGACAUAGCAUACAGUGCUGGGAAGGGCUGCAAUCCCAGCCCAGAUAUGCCAGGGAAAGAGAAGAAGUCUUCCAGCAGCCUUGUGGCCAAGGUGGUGAUCGGCAUUCUCCUGGCCCUCAUAGUCCUGGCCAUGGUAGUAGCAGGAGGCUAUUAUGUGCUGAAGAGGAGAGGGCAAGCAAACAGGAUGCCAGCAGAGAGCAGUGCCCCCCAGGGCUUUGACAACAUCACUUUUCAAGAUGACAAGGUCACUAUACCUCCACUGCCAAAGGAGAGAGAUGAAGAUUGAAAUAUUAAGCCAACACCACUAAUUGCCAUCUUGUGCCCAUUGACUGCAUACAGAACAGAGCAUUUUUCAGCAAGACCUCACACUCCUGUAGCCUCGUUCAGCUCAUAGGUACUCUUGCUGUCUGACAUGGUGCCUAUCAAAUAAAAAGCUGCGGUAGGCACUUAAGGUUACAGCUCAAGAGAGAGAAAAGUACUGCUUCCUCCACUACCUCCAUGACCUUGGGAAAAGUACUGUUGUGUAACAUGAACUUUCUGUACUGCACUGAGAAACCUUUACAUACCUUGUGUUUGACAAACACUUAACAGAAGGAUCUUGCAACAGGAGUGGUCAUCCUUUUCUGAGGAGAGCAGGAUCCUGGCAAUAGCAAGUUUCUCAAAUGGAAGGAGUCUAAGCACACUCCAGGGGAUGGGAGGAAGAUCAGCUGGUGUGGCAUGAGCCAUUUUCCACACUUCGGGACUUCCCACAGAGAACACAAGAAAACAAGUGCAAUAGCGGCCAGGGCACAAAAUGGCCAUGAUGAGGAAUACAGUGCUUCAGCUGUUUGUGUUUGGGAGGGAGAGGGGGAUGCCAGAUAGGGAAGAGAGCAGAGCAGGUGGUAAAAUCACAUGGCUGAGGCCAGAGAACAGCCCUGACUCAUCUGUAUGGGUCCACAGAACUGCCUAUACUGGUUUCAAGGACCCUUGAUAAUUUGUAUUUAAAUGUCAUUGGGAAAGAUAAAAGAAAAAUUUCCUGAAGUACAAGUUAGCUCUCAGCCAGAGAGCUCACGAUCUCUGCAGCCAGGCCACAGGCCAUCAGAGAAACCCCUAAGCCAAGGAACCCUCUUUCCUGCAGCUUUUGAAACCUAUUUAAUACUAUUGCCCUAAGCAAUCCAUAGCGAAACCUGCUACCUAAGUUCAGUAGUAGACAAACCAGUUUUGCAUUUGAGCAGGUGAGUAGCCCAUUAGUAAGUCUGCUCUCUUCAAAACGUUCCAUAACUUGUUUGUAGGGGAACGUGGCUUCUCACCUCCCUGUUUUGUGACAGAAGCCUGUUUUUCCUAUUACCCUACAACAGACUAUUCUUCAGCUGUCCCACUUGCAUUAUGCCAAACUGUCACAUCGAACAUGAUCCUUAAACCCACAUUUGUACCUGUCUUGGUGGUGCUGUCCUGCAGGAAGUGAAACAAGCCUAUCAGCUAAGCUGUGUUUCUGUAGCAGCAAGCUAGGUAAGAAUGGUUACAAAAAAGGAGAUAAUGAGGGUUCUGGCUUCAUAUAAAUGCUUGAUUCUUUGCAUCAGCCUGGCUCUGGAGAAUUCAAAGACUCUACUCACCUUCCCUGCACAAGAUAGUAUUGAUUUCAUCUCCAGGAUAUAAGCCAAAGCUGCAGUCCCAGUCUACAGGGAAAGAAACAUAGCAGCUUGGAAGAUUGUGACAACACCAGAAAUUGAUGAAAAAGCAGUCUUAUCCCAAAUGCUUUCAGUUGUCCUGUUAAUUAAAUUUCUAGAAGAAAGAGGGUGCUACAGCACCAUUCAUGUCCAACAGAAAAUUAUACUACCAGCUGGUAAACAGGCAGUGACUACCCUAUGCAACGGAAGGGUAUCAAACUUUAUUAUAGAUCUCUUUAAAACAGGCUGGAAGGAACGAACAAAAAUGUCAUUGCAAUGCAGUGACUGAGUCAUUCAUUUCAAAUGCAGACACCGAUCAACCCCCAACUCUCCCAAACUAUUUAUAUAUAAUAUAUCCCACCCUCCCCCAAAAUUGCUCCAAUUAAACAAUCUCAUUUCAGAUCA